AAAAAAAAAAAAGGUUCGAGUUUUACAUUAUUCUUGAGUUUAGGUCUUAGUUUAGAGGUUUUUUAAAGGUUUAAGGAUUGUUAAGGUCUUUGUUUUAUUAGUAUAUAAAUGGAUGAAAAAGAAGGUUCAAAAGUUAUUGGGGUGACAGUGAAGGGAGAUGAAGCCUCACAGGGUUUCAGGAUUGAGCCAAGGGUGGAAAAUCCUAGUCUAGAUACUGGAUCGGCAGCUGGGCCAACACCAGAAACCCAGGCUAUCAUGCCGGUGCAUGUGCCUGCUCCGGCGCUGGCCACUGACAUGAAGAAGAAGAGGGGAAGACCGAGGAAGUAUGCACCAGAUGGUUCAGCGUUGGCAUUGUCACCUAUGCCAAUAUCUGCUUCAAUUCCACUUACGGGAGAUUUCUCGGCUUGGAAACACAGCACUAGUCGUCCGGUCGACUCUUACAAGAAAAAGCAUAAGCUGGACUUCGAAAGUCCUGGUGAAAAGGUGGCAUACAAUGGUGGGGCAGGUUUUACGCCCCAUGUGAUAACUGUUAAUGCUGGCGAGGAUGUCACUAUGAAAAUAAUAUCUUUCUCUCAACAAGGCUCCAGAGCUAUUUGCGUUCUUUCAGCAAAUGGUCCCAUCUCAAAUGUUACACUUCAUCAACCUAAUUCUUCCGGUGGUACUUUGACCUAUGAGGGCCGCUUUGAAAUACUUUCUCUGACAGGCUCUUUCAUGCCGAACGAUAACGGAUUGACAAAAGGCAGAUCUGGUGGGAUGAGUGUCUCGUUGGCAGGUCCAGAUGGCCGUGUUUUGGGGGGAGGCCUUGCUGGGAUGCUAGUAGCUGCUGGCCCUGUCCAGGUUGUCAUUGGCAGCUUUCUUCCUGGCCACCAUCAAGAGCUGAAGCCCAAAAAACGGAAGUAUGAGCGCACAAUAUCGUUUACCCCGAGUCCUGCUAAUCCUUUUUCUGAAGAAAGAUAUGAAGGAACCCCCGGUGGACAGAAGCCAAAUUUGAACUCAUCUGCUUCCUUCCGUGGAGACAACUUAACUUCUGCAAACUCCAUUCAAGGUUCAAAAAUUGCUAUCCCAGAAAGUAAUGUCUCAUUGUCGGGAGAAGACUCUAGAGAGCAACGCCACGAAAUUACUUGCUAAUUGUGUUUGUUAUAUUUUUCUUGUUUGUAUCUUAGCUGUUUUUAGAAGGCGUGAAACUUUUAGGCUUACUUCUUUCUGACCCCGGUUAGAAAUCGACAACUGCCUAUUAUCGUUUUCAACUAGAAUGUGAUUUGUCAAUUCGAGCAGAUUUUUUUUUUUCUUUUGUUAGUUUCAUACUAGUUUAGGACUUCACUAGUAUGCCUGUUGUGUAGUUCGAGUCAUGUUUGCUCUGGUGUUUUGUAACCUGAUAUAGAAUUUCGGAUGUUUGAAUUGGAUGUAUCAUCCUUUGUUGUAGUAGAGAAACUUAAUUUUUAUAAGAUAAUUUCUGAUUUGCU